AUGGCAGACAUUCAAAUUUUUCAAGAGAAAAUUGCAAGCCUCCAAAGAGAAAAUGAUGACUUGCACGACCUUAAUAAUCGGUUAAACCAAGAGCUUAGGAGAUAUCAAAUCAAUCAAAGUCAAGAACUCCCAGCGCAGUCUGACUUAUUAGUUGACCCAUCUAUACCUCCAUGGGCGGCGAAUACAGUUUUUCUUUCCCCUUUACUUUUAGCCUAUGAUAACCGAAUUCAUGAGCUGGAGUCUGCAUUGGAACGAGCUAUUCCUUAUUAUCCCAGCUUAAAAAAAAUAAAAAAAUUAGUUUUUAUACAUAAUUCAAUAGAAAAUAUUAUAAACUAAAUUUAAUAGAUAUAGGAGAGCACACAAAGCGCCUUACAGCUGAAAACUCGUCUCUGCGUGAAGAAAUGGACCGGAGAUGGCACGAAAUGCUAGAGCGUGAGCGCAAAGAGCUAGAAAGCAGCGGGAUUGGUGCUGCAUUCUAUUUAGAAGAAAAAAACGAAAUGCAGGAGCGUCUUGAUUUAUUAUCAACAGAAAAUAAUUUAUUAUUAGAGCAGCUUGAAGCCCUUAAAACAAGAAAUGAGCUAUUAGAAAGAGUAGCCAAGGACAGGGACGAAGCUGCAGAAAAAUACGGGUCUCAGCUAAAACAGCUUAUUUCUGAUCAUAGAAAUCUGCAGAUGAAUGAAGAAGAAAUCAGAGGGUAUAAAGAAAUCGCUGAAGAAAAACUGAAAAAAGCUCAAGAAAGGCUUGGAAACUUAGAAAGGGAAAGAGAAGAACAAAAUACCUUGAUAAACAGAAUACAAAAUGAGCUGAGACUUGCCAAACAGAAUGGAGAAUAUUAUAGAAAAGCUUAUGAAGAAAUAGACGCCAAAAAGUCUGAAGAAAUCGAAAUGCUGAUACAAGAAGCUCACAAUAACUCUAUAAGGGACAGAGACCUCACCAAUAAAUCUAUAAUGCAAGAAAGAGACUUAGAAGAAGCCAAAGAUCAAGCGAAUUACUAUAAGCGUGAAUGUGACAGCAUUAAAAAUGAAUGCGAAAACAUGCUAAAAAUCAUGAACAGCUAUGAAGAAAAACUCGCAAAAUAUCAGCAGAAAGAAGAAGCCUUAGACCAAAGAGAAAGAGACGCCAAGCAGAGGGUAGAAGACGCCUUUUUAGAAAGAGAUAGAAUGGCUAUGAAGGACCAGCAGUACCAGCGACAAAUAGAAAGACUAAAUGAACAGCUGAGGACCGAGCUUGGAGAACAGAAAGCCAAAUUUGAUAUUAUGAUGGACUCUAUGAGAAAUAAACAUAAAAAUCUGUUAGCGACGAGGGAUGAUGAGCUGAAGUCGAUACAGGAAAGAAAUAAUGAACUGCAGCUGCAAGCAGAAAGACUAGCUAGAGAUAACUCGUCGUUGGCAAAAGAUGUCCAGAGGGCUGAAAAUGUACUCCAAGAAGAACAAAAACGCAUAAAUGUAAGAUUGGAUGAGUAUGAGAGAAGGAUGAGGGAGACUGAAGAAGUUAGGCUGACUGAAAAAAGAUUAUUGGAGACUCAGAAUGAACAGUACGGAUAUGAAAGACAAGAAUGGGACAGGCUUAAGAAAAAUUAUGAAAAUCUGAUAUAGUAUGGACAUGCUUUUGGCGAGCAACUUUAAAAAAUUAAAUUAUAUACUUUUUAUAUCAAUUCAGGCUCUUAUCAAUCUAGUAUUAGGGCACGCUUUGCGUGCCCACCUUAUACAUUCUUCUAAUAGAGAAAUUGAGUCAAUAAAAGCAUCCUUAAAAAGAAGCAAAGAAGAAAGCAGAAGACACAAAGGCCAAUUUGAAGAAGUUUCUAAAGAAAGAGACAAUCUUGUAGAAGAGCUUAAUAAGCUGAGAGACGAUUUCUAUAUUAAAACUCAAGAAUUAGGGGCAAGCUAUAACGCCAAACUUGUAGAUGUAGAAAGAAACAUCGCAGAAGCAAGAGAAAGACAAAGACUGGCAGAAGAAAAAUACAAUGAAUUUGUAGCUUCACAAGCCAAACUAGGCGAAAAAUGGAGAGACGAGCACAAGGCGAUUUCUGCUUAUUAUACUAAGCUGCUCAACCAAAUGACAUUAGAAAAAAAUAAAUUAAUAAAAAGAAACAGAGAACUAGAAGGGAGGGGGGACAUUUUUGCUGUUCAAGAAUAA